AUUCAAGAAUUUACUUUCAGAGUGGUAAGGUCGGAACUUUAAAGUUGUUGAACUUACUUUUCUCUUAUUCUUAUCAUUUUCCUAUUGAAAUUUCGUUCAAGAAGAAAUUUUAUUUCUGUCAGUGAAAAUUUAUAACAAAAAAAAAUACCAAGGAAGGAAAAGUUUUGCUAUCUUAGCUUUGCUGAGAAAAAAAAAAGAAUUCUUUUGAAUAACAAUAAUGGUUUUGUCGAAAGCGAUUGCAACUUUUUCUCGAGCUCAGGUUCGUUGGAAUAGUCAAUUUCGACCUCCUAACCGAACAAAUGAUUUUCGAUACUUCAAGCUUAGUGCGUUGAAGCAACAUACAGCUGUUAUUCCACUCGUUGUUAUCAUCAGCACAGCCGUGCUUGCAACGAUCCAAAGGAAGCAUUGACGAGACAAUGGAUAUGAUGAAUCCAUAUAAGCAGAAGAUCUACAUUGAAAAUCAGAAAUACCAACCAAUGCCGGAAUUGGCAGAAGCUUUAAAAGCUAUCAGAGAAUAAAGCUCGACAAUUAUUAUUACUUACAGAGCUACUAAAUACAAAAAAUUAUAUUAGAAAUCAAAUCCUAUUCCAAAUUAUUAGAAUCAUUACACUUGGCUGAGCAAACGUCUGGAGAAGUAAACAGAUGAAUGUUUUAUAAUUUACUAAGAAAUGUGUAAUCUGAGAAGUGGACUUAUGUGGACUUUGGGCUUAGACAAAAUAAAAUAAACACUUUUUUGCUCUGCUUUUCACCUUCCAACUUAAUGUCAA